AACACUUCCUGGUCGCAGAAAACGUAGCUGUGGUAGUCAAAGGUGUGACUAACUUGAUCGUUAACUGUGUUGUGUUUAUUUUAUUUGCAAGUUAUAUCUUGUUAUUUAUCUCACUUCAUCAUGGACUAUUGGUACAUUUACUAUCAUGCAUGUAAUAGCAAAUAGGCAUGUAGUAUAGCUACCUAAUAUAUUAGCGAAUGGUAUCUGUCCUUGAGUAUAAGCUCCAUGUGUGUCUACAGAGAAAUAGCUAACUAAUGAAUGAAAAUGCAUUGUGGAUUUACAGUAACGAAUGUCGCAGUUCUGAAAAUUGUGAAAUAUAGUAUUUUGUCUCUUCGGUUGUCAUGGUAACAGUUUAGCGGUUCUUUUUUUCGACCGGAAGCCCCCUGGCCUGGCAUCAUACGUCAGCAAAAGGAAAUGGAUACGGUACGUUGACGUUUUAGUUGAAUUCUGCGUGCUUGCGUACGCGGAAGCUGCUGUGUGUGAAGAGAUUUCUCUGGACGCCGGAACGGAAGAUUGUGUGAAAGGGUCUCUUCACCCAUACCGCUUGCCAGGGGGAGGCGGAGAGUAGGGAGGCCGAGUGAGAAAGGGACAAGCUAGAAUGAACGACGUAAAAAAGCUGGACAACAUGGCUGCGGACGGGGUUCGGGGGUCGCAGGAGCUGCCAACGGCCCCAGCUGUGAACCACAGCCAGGACAACGGUGCCGGCGACGAGCUCGUCAGCUCAGUGUCGCUCUACCGACGGAGGCCCAAACUGCUGCACGGCACGAUCCUUCCGUUCCUGGUGCUGCUUUACCCGGGGUGGCUGUAUGUGUGGCUUGGAGUAUACGGAGCCACAGAGUACCCGGAGGCCGGCCUGCUCGCUCUCGCCGCCAUCGGGAUCGUGCACGUGCUCACGGCACUGUCCGGCUAUUGGUCCGUGCAUGCACACUGCUGGCUCACCUGUACUAAGGAGUCGGAUCCAGACAAGGCCACAUUGGCAAAGGUGAUCCCCACUCCCAACAAUGGCUCUGCUGAGCUGGUGCCUCUACAGAGAGACAAGAACGAGGACAGCUCCACGGUCCUCUCCUUCGAGUUCCAGAAGAUCUGCUACGUGUUCGAUGCCGGCGAGCGGAAGUGCUUUCUGCCGGUGGCCUUCCCGGUCAGCCAGCCAAUGGGCUUCUUCCAGAGCUGGCGGGGCUACCAGGAGGAGGCGGAGCUACGGGCCGCAGAGAAGCGCUACGGCACCAACCGUGCCGAGAUGAUGGUCCCUGACUUCCUGGAGCUCUUUAAGGAGAGGGCCACCGCCCCCUUCUUCGUAUUCCAGGUGUUCUGCGUGGGCCUGUGGUGUCUGGAUGAGUACUGGUACUACAGUGUGUUCACGCUCUUCAUGCUGGUGGCGUUUGAAGCAUCCCUGGUGCAGCAGCAGAUGAGGAACAUGUCUGAAAUCCGCAGGAUGGGGAACAAACCGUACAUGAUCCAGGUGUACAGGAACAGGAAGUGGAGGCCAGUGUCCAGCGACGAACUGGUACCCGGGGACAUUGUAUCUGUAGGACGCUCUCCCCAGGAGAACUUGGUUCCGUGUGAUGUGCUGCUGCUCAGAGGCCGUUGCAUCGUGGAUGAGGCUAUGCUGACCGGAGAGUCUGUUCCACAGAUGAAGGAGCCAGUGGAAGAUCUGGACCCAGAGAGAGUCUUGGACCUGCAGGCUGACUCCCGGCUUCACAUCAUCUCAGGGGGGACCAAGGUGGUCCAGCACAGCCCCCCCCUCCGGGCCAGUGCUGGCCUUAAACCUGUUGAUAAUGGCUGCGUGGCCUAUGUGCUGAGGACCGGAUUCUACACAUCUCAGGGGAAGUUGCUGAGGACCAUCCUGUUUGGGGUGAAAAGAGUGACGGCCAACAAUCUGGAGACCUUCAUAUUCAUCCUCUUCCUCCUGGUGUUCGCCAUCGCGGCGGCCGUCUACGUCUGGGUGGAGGGAACGAGGGAUGCGAGUAGGAAUCGGUAUAAGCUCUUUCUGGAGUGCACACUCAUCCUCACCUCCGUAGUCCCGCCGGAGCUGCCCAUAGAGCUCUCCCUGGCCGUCAACACCUCCCUCAUCGCCCUGGCCAAGCUCUAUGUGUUCUGUACGGAACCUUUCCGGAUCCCCUUUGCAGGAAAGGUGGAGGUCUGCUGCUUCGAUAAGACUGGCACUCUGACCAGUGACAGCCUGGUGGUACGGGGUGUGGCCGGACUGAGGGAGGGGAAGGAGGUGACUCCAGUCUCAGAGAUUCCGGUGGAGACGCACCGGGUUGUGGCCACCUGCCAUUCGCUGGUCACUCUGGAUGACGGACAGCUGGUGGGCGACCCACUGGAGAAGGCCAUGCUAACCGCUGCUGACUGGACCCUCACUAAAGAUGAGAAGGUGUUCCCUCGCAGUAUAAAGACGCCGGGCCUGAAGAUCCACCAGCGCUUUCACUUCGCCAGCGCCCUGAAGAGGAUGUCUGUGCUGGCCUCGUACGAGCGGCUGGGCUCCACCGAGCUCUGCUACAUCUCCACUGUGAAGGGCGCCCCAGAGACGCUGAGGGGCAUGUUCUCAGAGUGUCCUGAUACGUAUGACGAAGUGCACAGAGAGAUGUCUCGCGAAGGGGCCAGGGUGCUGGCACUGGGCUACAAGGAAAUGGGACACCUCACCCACCAACAGGUGCGGGAGGUGAACCGUGAGACUCUGGAGUGCGGUCUACAGUUUGUGGGGUUCAUGGUCGUCUCCUGCCCUCUGAAGAGCGACAGCAAGGCGGUCAUCAGGGAGAUACAGGAGGCUUCGCACCACGUGGUGAUGAUAACUGGAGAUAACCCCCUCACCGCAUGUCAUGUGGCCAGAGAACUGCACUUCAUCCAGAAGGAGCAUACCCUUAUACUGCAGCCCGGACACACGCAGGGUGAAUGGCUGUGGGAGUCGAUAGACGGCAGCGUGCGGAUGCCGCUCUCCCCGCCGAGCGUGUCCGGCCUGAUCGAUCGCUACGACCUGUGCGUGACGGGCGAGGGGCUGACCAGGCUGACCUCCGAACCCCAGCUCCUCCACGCCCUGCUGCCCCACGUGCGGGUCUUCGCCAGGGUCAGCCCCAAACAGAAGGAGUUUGUGAUCACCAGUCUGAAGGGUCUUGGUUUUGUUACUUUGAUGUGUGGCGAUGGGACCAAUGACGUUGGAGCGCUCAAACAUGCCCACAUUGGCGUGGCUUUGCUGGCCAACGCUCCCGAGCGCAUGCCAGAGAGGAAGAGGAGGGUGCGGGACAGGGAGGCGGUCACUGUGGAGAGCAGGCCCCUCCCCCCCGUGUCGGGGUCAGGGGUCAAGCUGAGCUCCAGGGCCGCCAGGCAGAGGGUGAUGGCCCAGCGGGAGGAGCAGCUCGCCGUUCAGAAGGAGCGGAUCAGUCAGGUGUUACGGGAGCUGGAGGAAGAUCAGAUUCAGGUGGUGAAACUGGGAGACGCUUCGAUUGCCGCCCCCUUCACCUCCAAGCUGUCCUCCAUACAGUGCAUCUGUCACGUGAUCAAGCAGGGCCGCUGCACUCUGGUCACCACCCUGCAGAUGUUUAAGAUCCUGGCCCUGAACGCCUUGGUGCUGGCCUACAGCCAGUCUGUGCUCUACCUGGAGGGCGUCAAGUUCAGCGACUUCCAGGCCACACUACAGGGCCUGCUGCUGGCCGGCUGCUUCCUGUUCAUCUCCAGGUCAAAGCCUCUGAAGACCUUGUCUCGAGAGCGCCCCCUACCCAACAUCUUCAACCUCUACACUGUGCUGACUGUGCUGUUGCAGUUCGCUGUUCAUUUCUGCAGCCUGGUUUACCUGUACAAGGGAGCACAGUCCAGGAGCCCCCCCAGGUCUGAGCAGUUUGUGGACCUUUACAAGGAGUUCGAGCCCAGCCUGAUAAACAGCACUGUGUACAUCAUGUCUAUGGCCAUGCAGAUGGCCACCUUCGCCAUCAACUACAAGGGUCACCCCUUCAUGGAGUCUCUGAAUGAGAACAGGCCCCUGCUGUGGAGCAUCGCCCUGUCCGCUCUGGCCAUCGUGGGGCUGCUGUCGGGGUCCUCGCCCGAGUUCAACGAGCAGUUUGCGCUCGUGGACAUCCCAGCGGAGUUCAAGCUGGUAAUCGCCCAGGUCCUGGUGGUGGACUUUGUCGCUGCUCUGCUGGUGGAUCGGGUACUGCAGUUCCUGCUGGGAAAAGGAACCCUGAGGCUGCCUUCCUGAGUCGUCAUGCCAACUGCUGCCCUGGGCAACUGCUGCCCUUAGCGAUGAGACUGUGGAGAGAGAUUUUGUGUGGGGUGGGACAGGGUGGCCAAUUACUGGACGAGGAGGGGAAAGGAGACUUAUCUGAAAGCAGUACUGCACACACUUCAGUGUUCGCAUCUCCCCAAUUACCUCCGUCAUCGCCCCCCCCCAUCUUCCUCUCCACUCUUCCACCUGUCCUCUUCUUUCUUUCCCUUUCAUCCCCUCUGCCCUUGCUCUCCCUAGCUCUCUUCCUCUCCAACAGCAAGCCAAGAAGACAGCAGUAUUGUGGGGAGUGUGCCUGCGCGUAUGAGUGUGUGUUGGUGUGUGUGCGUGCGUGCGGGUGGGGGUGACGUAAGCCGCACGUGAGGGCUGUGACCCAGGACACAGAUAAGUGUUUCUUUUGUUUGCUUCUCUUCAUUUUGUAAAAAUACAGAACUCUGAUGGACAUAAAAAAAAAAGACCAAAAAACACAACUCUACCACGAGCGGUCUCCUGUCAGUGUGUACGCAUGUGUGUUCAUGGGAUCAGAUCCUGAGAUUCAUGCCACUGGUGCUCCCCCGCCCACCAUACGUUCUGGGCUGCGGUUUAGAAGCAUUUGAAUAACAAAACACACACACAAAAGCCAGGAGGAGCAGGUGGCAGAGAAACUGUUCAUGUGCAUACAUGAAAGAGUUUGAAUCUAAUACAUUUUACUUUGUUUGAAUUUUAUAUUUCAUACUUUACAAAAUAACCUGGUACUUUAAAAAAAAAAAAAAAAAAACGGAUAUUUGAUGUUAAACAGGAAAGAAAACAUAAGAAGAUCAAGAUACAGAGGUUUAGUCUUUAUUAUUUUUACAUUUACAAAAAACAUUCAGAUCUAAGAAAGGAAUGUAUAUUCGUUCGUUUACUGAGAGGAAAUGUACCAUAGAGAGGCAAGGCACUAUAUAUCUAUAUACAAACAAGGCAGAAGUUUGCCCCUAACUUUGGUCCAGAACUUUUAAAACCUGUUAAAUGUCACGCAAAGAAAUGAUUGAAAUAAAGGCCUUCUAUGAAAUG